AUGUCACCACCAACCUCCCGCCCCGAGAUCCUCGCCCGCCUCCGCGCCCAGAUCAAAGACGGCAAGCCGAUCGUUGGCGCCGGGGCCGGCAUCGGCCUCUCCGCCAAAUCCGUCGAAUCCGGCGGCGGCGACCUAAUCAUAAUCUACAACAGCGGGCGCUUCCGCAUGGCCGGGCACGGCAGCCUCGCAGGUCUAAUGCCCUACAGCAACGCCAACGAGGUCGUCGUGGAAAUGGCCUCUGAGGUCCUCCCCGUCGUAAACCACACGCCCGUGAUCGCCGGAGUCUGCGGCACAGACCCAUUCAAGGACAUCCCGCGGUUUCUGAAACAGCUGCAGGACUUGGGAUUCGCGGGCGUGCAGAAUUUCCCGACGGUCGGGUUGAUCGAUGGGCAGUUCCGUGCGAAUCUCGAGGAGACGGGGAUGGGGUACGGCAAGGAAGUUGAGAUGAUUAAUGCCGCGCAUGAGCUUGAUAUGCUUACGACGCCGUAUGUGUUUAACGUGCAGGAGGCGGAGGCCAUGGCGAAAGCUGGCGCGGAUGUGCUUGUUGCGCAUAUGGGCUUGACGACCUCUGGCACGAUCGGGGCGAAGACGGGCAAGACGCUUGAGCAGUGUGUGGACGAGAUUCAGAAGAUUCGGGAUGCGGCGGUCAAGAUUAACCCUGAGGUUAUCCUGCUGUGUCAUGGAGGCCCGAUUGCGGCGCCGGAAGAUGCAAAGUUUGUGCUUGAGCGGGUUAGCGGGCUGCAUGGGUUCUUUGGCGCGAGCUCGAUGGAGAGGUUGCCGGUUGAAGUUGCGAUUAAGGAUACGACGAGCGAGUUUAAGAAGAUUGCGUUGAAGAAGUAG